AUGGCCGUCACAGACCCGAGCUCGCGCGAGGUGAUGCGCGCGUUCUACAAGCGUCUCUUUCCGUACAAGGCCGUGUACCGAUGGCUGAACCAGGGCGAUGUACCCGGAAAGCUAUGGACGCACCGCGAGUUUGCGUUCACUAUCGAGAACGACGUCUACAUCCGAUACCAGUCGUUCAGCACAGCGUACGACUUCCAGAAGGAGGUGCUCCGUCUGUUGCCGUCACGAUUCGAGAUCGGACCGCAGUACUCGGCGAAGCCCCGAGACAGGAAGACGCUCCCCGCCGGCGCGCUACAGCCGGAACGCCGCGAGCUCGUCUUCGACAUUGAUAUGACCGACUACGACGAGAUCCGAACCUGUUGCAGUGACAAGGCGAUCUGCGCGCGGUGCUGGGGCUUCAUCGCCGCGGCCGUGAAAGUGCUCGACAAGGCGCUCCGCGAGACGUUUGGCUUCAAGCACCUGCUGUGGGUGUACUCUGGUCGUCGUGGUAUCCAUUGCUGGAUUUCGGACACGCUCGCGAUGGACCUGACGGAUGACCAGAGGCGCGCUCUGACUAUGUUUUUGGAGGUGAUCAAGGGCGGCAAGGAGCAGGUCAAGAAGGUCAACGUCCGGGGGCUGGGAGAUGCGGACCUGCACCCGUCGCUGAACCGUCUGAUCCUGGAAGACCAGGAAUGUUUCCGCUCCGAGCGGGGCUGGCACACGCUGCUCGAGCUCCUCCCCGCCGACCGGGAGGUGAAGGACGCGCUGCGGGCCGAGUGGGAGUCGCAGCCCGACGCCUCGAGCACGACGCGGUGGGAGCAGCUCAUGGCCCACAUGCCGCGCAAGGGGACGCCGGCGUACAGAAAGUACAAGAACGCAAUCGAGGACGUGAUUCUGCAGUACACGUAUCCGCGCAUCGACGCGGAAGUGUCCAAGCACAGGAACCAUUUGCUCAAGAGCCCGUUCUGUGUGCACCCCGGGACUGGUCGGGUGUGUGUCCCCGUGGACCCGGAGCGCGCGCACGAGUUCGAUCCAGCAACAGUGCCGAGUGUGGGCCAGCUGCUGCGCGAACUGGACACAGCGGCCGAGAUGAAGACGGAAGAGGGCGACGGCUCUGGAGCCACGGGCGAGGUCAAGCCGGCCUCAAAGCUGGCGUCAGAAUGGGAGAAGACCUCCCUGAAGCCGUAUGUCGAGAUGCUCGAAUCCCACGCCCGCUCGAUUGUCGCCGACCUGAGCGAGAAGAGGCGCGCGGGAGAAGAGGGGAGGGACGCGAAACGCGUCAAGAGCGAGAGUAUCGAGUUUUAG